AUGUUCCGUUUGAUUUCAGCAGUGGCAGCUGUGGAAGGUAUAUACCAAAUUACAACCAGGAACCUAAUAUCACUGUCUGAGCAAGAGCUCGUUGAUUGUAAUGUUGAUAGCCGUGGUUGUAGUGGCGGCUCAAUGGAUACAGCCUUUCAAUUCAUCCAACAAAACAAUGGUCUCACAUCAGAAGAUAAUUACCCUUACAUUGCACAAGAUAACACUUGUGACAGCACCAAAACAGCAACCUCUGUAGUCCAGAUAACUGGGUACGAAGAUGUGCCACCUAGUAAUGAGCAGGCUCUUCUGCAAGCUGUGGCGAACCAACCGGUUUCUGUUAGCAUAGAAGGUAGUGGACCGAACUUCCAGCAUUACAGUAGUGGUGUCUUCGCUGGGCCGUGUGGAACCCAUCUUGACCAUGCUGUCACUAUAAUUGGAUAUGGAACUACUACUGAUGGGACUAACUAUUGGUUGGUUAAGAAUUCAUGGGGCUCUAGUUGGGGUGAGAAUGGAUAUAUGAAGAUCGACAGAGAUGCUGUUGCGGAAGGUCGAUGUGGCAUUAAAAGGCAUAGUGGCCCCUGUCUGUGGUUAGUGUUAAUUGCAAGUGUGAACAUUUCAUAUACGGUUACUGUUAAACCGGCAUUUACGGUACCUAACCGAUAUAGCCACUGUAUACAGAUGCAGUUGAAGUUCACCAAUCCAGAGACACUAGUUAGUCGCAAUCUCAGAAGCAUGCAAAGAGGUCUGAAAAAGCAGAAUCCAGGGCAAUGGAAACAACAGUAUUCUGAGGAGGAGUCCCUCCAAGCACAGAUGGAAGCAUGUGAUAUCGCACAAUCCCCUAAUCUAGACAGCAGAUCCUUUGACAAACUACAUAUUUCUGAAGGUGCAAUUGUUGGCACUGCCCCUGACAACUCUAGAGAGGAAAAGGCCGAUAGUAUUCCCCAUUCUGGGAAGAAUCUGACACUUGAAACACUCUUUGGGUCUGCUUUCAUGAAGGAGCUGCAAUCAGCCGAAGCACUAGUUUCCAUCCAAAGGGGCUCGGUUGGUUCUGCAGGAAUCGAUAUUUCAGAACAGUAA